AUGGUCCCUGUGGAUCAAGUUGGUCCGAUGGAUAUUGGGCAGAAGGAACAUGAUGCCGAUAGGAAGAGGAAGAAGAAGACGAAGACCGAAAACGUACAGCGUUCCGGCUUCGGACCGCGACCGGAGAUGGAGAAGAUGCGUAGCGCGCAGUGGAAGUACUUUGCGGCGUUAUUCUGCGGUUAUCGGUUCCGAACUAUCAAAUACCUCCGUUCAAAACUCGCAGUACGAAGGAAGAUAAGACAAAGACAAAGAUCAACCAAAUGCCACAAGCUUCCUAUCGCAGAUCGGAACAUGAACAUACAUGGCGCACGCAGCAAGUCAUGA